ACCCGGGGCCCACAGGCAGGGUGACUCCCGGAGAGAGGGGCUUGGAGACACCUAGGGGGCAGAGACGAGUGAGCCGCAGGCUGAGCCGGCGAGGCUGGGACCAAGUUUGUCCAGGUGGCUGAGCCUCACCCCACAUCCCUUGGGGCAUCCAGAAGAUCCCUGACUGGUCAAGAACCAGAGGAAGAAGAGACCUGCAAGUCCCGGCAUGGGGACUAGAGCGCCCCAGCCAGCCUCAUAGUUGGGAAAGCAGUCAGCUUCCCGCCCCCCCUAUCCACUAACGGGAGACUUCAGGAAGGGCCCCACCCAGUAUGGAAGCUGAGGGCUACCUCUGCUGACCCUCAGUCUCCUCCCCAGCCCUCCAUACCUGACCUUAGCUGGGUCAGUCAUGCAAUGCUGAACACCAGCAUAGGCCUAGGGGUGGCCUGCCUCACCACAGGGCAAGGACUGUGGGCAUCAUGGGGAUGUGUGUGAGUGGGGCUCCUGGGUGAGACCUAGCCCCCACCCCCAGGAGUUCAAGGGGGGUGGGGGGCCGAGGAUAGGAUGGCUCGGGGCGGGGUGGGGGCAGAGGAGGCCUCCCUGCGCUCCAACGCGCUGUCCUGGCUGGCCUGUGGGCUCCUGGCACUGCUGGCCAAUGCCUGGAUCAUCCUGAGCAUCUCGGCCAAGCAGCAGAAGCACAAGCCGCUGGAGCUGCUGCUCUGCUUCCUGGCAGGCACACACAUACUCAUGGCGGCUGUGCCCCUCACCACCUUUGCUGUGGUGCAGCUACGGCGCCAGGCUUCCUCCGACUAUGACUGGAAUGAGAGCAUAUGCAAGGUCUUUGUGUCCACCUACUACACACUGGCCCUGGCUACCUGCUUCACGGUCGCCUCCCUCUCCUACCAUCGCAUGUGGAUGGUGCGUUGGCCCGUCAACUACCGCCUCAGCAACGCCAAGAAGCAGGCACUGCAUGCCGUCAUGGGCAUCUGGAUGGUCAGCUUCAUCCUCUCCACACUGCCUUCCAUUGGCUGGCACAACAAUGGCGAGCGCUACUAUGCCCGUGGCUGCCAGUUCAUAGUCUCCAAGAUUGGCCUCGGUUUUGGCGUCUGCUUCAGCCUCUUGCUGCUUGGGGGCAUUGUCAUGGGGCUGGUCUGUGUGGCCAUCACCUUCUACCAGACACUGUGGGCCCGGCCCCGGAGGGCUCGGCAGGCCCGGAGAGCAGGGGGCAUGGGUGGGGCCAAGGGGGGUGGGCCAGGGGGUUUGGGUACCCGGCCAGCCUUUGAGGUGCCAGCCAUUGUGGUGGAGGAUGCCCGAGGGAAGCGGCGGUCCUCACUGGAUGGCUCUGAGUCGGCCAAGACAUCCCUACAGGUCACCAACUUGGUCAGCGCCAUCGUCUUUCUCUAUGACUCACUUACAGGGGUGCCCAUCUUGGUGGUGAGCUUCUUCUCCCUUAAGUCGGACUCGGCUCCCCCGUGGAUGGUGCUGGCUGUGCUGUGGUGCUCCAUGGCACAGACGCUGCUGCUGCCCUCCUUCAUCUGGUCCUGCGAGCGCUACCGCGCCGACGUGCGGACGGUGUGGGAGCAGUGCGUGGCUAUCAUGUCGGAGGAGGACGGUGACGACGAUGGGGCCUGUGAUGACUAUGCAGAUGGCCGAGUGUGCAAAGUUCGCUUUGAUGCUAAUGGGGCCACAGGACCAGGGAGCAGGGACCCCACCCAGGUGAAGCUGCUGCCUGGAAGGCACAUGCUCUUUCCCCCUCUGGAGAGGGUCCACUACUUACAGGUCCCUCUGUCCCGCCGUCUGUCCCACGAUGAGACCAACAUCUUCUCUACUCCUCGGGCACCAGGCUCCUUCCUGCACAAGUGGUCAUCCUCUGAUGACAUUCGGGUCCUCCCGGCCCAGAGCCGGGCCCUGGGGGGCCCUCCUGAGUACCUAGGACGAAGACAAAGGCUGGAAGAUGAGGAGGAUGAAGAGGAGGCUGAAGGUGGGGGGCUGGCCAGCCUUCGCCAAUUCCUGGAGGGUGGGGUUCUGGGGUCAGGUGGGGGACCCCCACGGGGUCCUGGCUUCUUCCGGGAGGAGAUCACCACCUUCAUCGACGAGACACCUCUGCCUUCUCCGACGGCCUCACCAGGGCCCUCUCCUCGCCGGCCCAGGCCGCUGGGCCUCUCACCCCGCCGACUCUCCCUUGGAUCACCUGAUAGCAGAGCCCUUGGACUUCCUUUGGGGCUAAGUGCAGGGAGACGCUGCUCCCUGACAGGAGGUGAGGGGAGUGCGAGAGCUUGGGGAGGAUCCUGGGGCCCAGGUAACCCCAUCUUCCCCCAGCUGACCCUGUGAGCCCAGGUGGGCCUGCUGGACUCAGAGGAGGGGGCCUGGGUAACACCUCCUUCUGGCCCUGAGCCUAGAGCAGCUGCCUCCAGACUCCAGGGAGAUGGGCACUGGAUCUGGGGCCCUCAAGCCCCUGCUGUCUCCCAUCCAAGUGACCAGAUGCCCUACUCCCAUUCCAUCAUCCCUAGCAAAUGUAUUAAAGUCUGAAGUGUUACCA